GUCGCCGCCAUCUUGCCUUGUUGUUCUCGUCCUCGCAGUGGCGUCCCCCAAAGUGCGUUAUUUUUAAGACUUUUACACCCUUUGUGAGUAUCAGAACACCUUACAUUGUCCCCUCCCUUUUGGUUUCAACCACGAUACCAACAUUUUAUGACUGAGAAGAAGAACAGAGUAAACAAAUGACAGAGGAACAAACAAGGCGAAAGAAAGGAAGAUAGAAUUUCUAUUCCAGUUUUACCAAAAACCUAACAGAGAGCGAGAGAGAGAGAGAACGAGGAGACCUCCAUUUCUUUCCCUUCUGAGGCGCGCGAGAGAGGGCAUUUACCUACAAGAUCUCCCCAUAAUUAUAAAAAAGAGAAAAUGGCAGCUGAGAUUCCGAGCCCCGGUCUAAGGGCCAGACCUGUUCCUGACGUGUUUGCUCCUGGACUCAGGAUGUCCCUGCCACCUAAUUACCGGCAGGUGGCCAUGAUGGGGACCACCCCUGCUCCUGGACCCACUCAUGUUUACAUGCCUGCGUCACCAAUGAUGAGCAACAUUUUAAAAGGCCGCCCUGCAGACCGACUGGCGCGCACCCCUAGCACCCCCUCCUCCUCCUCCAAAGGAGUGGGUGAGGCCAACGUCCCCAGCCCCUUCACGACCCCACACCACGGCAACCCAGCCUUCAACCCGCAGAAGAUGGGGACUGGGAAGGGGGUGAGUAAGCACAGCGGAGAGGGAAGGAUCCCAAAACCUCCCAAGGCCCCAGACAAGCCACUCAUGCCUUACAUGCGGUACUCACGAAAGGUUUGGGAUCAAGUGAAAGCUGCCAAUAAUGAUCUGAAACUUUGGGAGAUAGGCAAGAUUAUCGGGUCUAUGUGGAGAGACCUUCCCGAAGCUGACAAACAGGACUAUGUUGACGAGUAUGAGUCAGAGAAGCUUGAAUAUGAAAAGGCACUGAAAAGUUACCAUGCCUCACCCAGCUAUCAGGCGUACUUGAAUGCCAAAACAAAAGGUACUCUUGUGCCAACAGGAACUAUAGCCACAGAAGAGAAGGAGAUCCUGGACCGGUCUUCCAGCACCACCACAGUUGGCUCUAAGCUUGACCGACGCAUCGACAUUCAGCCAGCGGAAGAUGAAGAUGACUAUGAUGACGGCCUAAGUGUGAAGCACGUUUCGCACUCCCGUUACAUCCGCAAUCACCGUCUCAUCAACGAGAUCUUCUCCGAUACAAUGGUCCCUGAUGUACGCUCAGUAGUCACCAGUCAGCGGCUCACAGUUUUGCGUCGGCAGGUCCAGUCACUUACUAUGCAUCAGAAGAAACUGGAGACAGAGCUGCAGCAGAUUGAAGAGAAGUUUGAAGCAAAGAAGCGGAAGUUCAUUGAGGCCGGGGAUAGCUUCCAGGCUGAACUCAAGAAGGUCAAGGCCACCGCUCCAAAGCUGGAUGAGACCUCUUUUGCAUCUAUGGUUGAACGGCAAAAGGAGGUGCUACGGCGGGAGGCAGAGGAGAGGCAACGCACAGCACAGGGCCUCCCUUCACGUCCCCCCUCCACUUCCUCCUCCCAGGUGCAGCCUCAAAGCAAUGCAGCAACCAGAGAGGAUAGCAAUGAUGCAGCUGGCCCUGCACCCCAGAACACAGCCACACCAGUUGAUGCAGCAGCUUCCCCUGCCCCCAUGCAGGAAAACGACAUGGGUGGUGAAGACGAGAACAAGAUGGAAGCCUCCACUGCUGUGACGUCUACUGCUGCUGCAACUGCACCAAAUGUUCCGGCUCCUACCACUACCACUGCUGCUGCUGUUCCUGCUGUCAAUGGCCCCACCUCUGCUGCCCCCUCUGCUGCCCCUCCCCUUGCCCCGUCUGCUGCGGCUGGGGGAUCCUCCUCCCAAAUGACCUCCACUCCGCCCACCUCAGCCCAGAACACAGCAGCUCACAGUGAUGCGAGCAGUGUCCCUCGGCCAGCCCCCUCGGGUGUCUCGUCCAAUCCUGCUCCACUCCCUGGCACUCCCCAGGCCCCCCCUGUCUCUGUUGCAGCUCCUCCUCCUGCUCCCCAUCCAGCCCCUCCCCCAACCACUGCCCCAGCUCCAGCUCCUGUCCCAGGUCAGGGGCCACCACCACAGCAGGCUCCAGGUCCUGGUCCUACCCCUGGACAUGUUUCAGCCCCUGCUCCAGUCCAGGCUGCUGCCCAAGCUCCCCCAACCCCAGGCCAAGCACCACCACCCAAUCCAGGCUCUGUUCCAGCACCCAACCCUGCCCAGGCUCCUCCAGUUGUUCCCUCUCCCUCAGGACCUGCCCCAGCUCCUAUGACCAACAUGGCCACACCUCACCACCCACAGAUGCCCCAGAGCAAUGCCAUUCCUGGGAACAUGAUUUCUCACUCUGGCCAGAUGCCUCCUGCAAACAUGCCAACUGGACCCAUGGUUCCCCCCCACCCAGCCCAGAUGCACCCCACCAAUGCCAUCCAUGGCAACAUGGUCCCAUCUCACCCCAACCAGUUGCCUCCUGCCAGCUCCCUCCCUGGUGGCCUGCCCCAACCUCAUCCAACACAGAUGCAUCCUGCCGGUGCCCAUCCCCCUGGCAGCAUGGCCCCCUCCCAUCCCACCCAAAUGCCCCCAGCCAGUGCCAUGCCUGGGAACAUGGCCCCACACCCUGGUCCUGGCCAUCAACCUGGACCACCCACCUCUGCCCCUCCUUCUUAGUAUUUGUGUAAUGGUUGACGUACCUGCUCCUCCUUGGCACUUUCUCGAGCGCCACAGGAAUGCUGCACUCUCAUGUGAUUUCUACAGCAUUCUUUGCAGACUUGAGAGAGAGUCAUUUGCGAAGUCCUCAAGCAAGUUCUCCUGGUUGGAUGAUUUUCUGAGCAUGGUUGUUUGUGGCAUGUGUUUUGGAACAUAUAUAUUUUUUAAAUUCUUACAUUUUAUUUUUGUCUUACAAUUUAGGAUUGUCCAGUUUGUGCUUGACUUCAAGUUUGAGUUCAACACAGUUACUAGGAUACUUAGAAAAAUCCAUGCAAUUUAGGAUUAUGAUUUUUCUGUCACUUAUUUUUGUUGUAGAACACAGAGAGAUUUAUCUGAUAUUUGUGACUUCUUUUCACUUUUUUUUUUUAUACUUUUUUUCUUUCUUUUUUUUUUUUACUUUUUUUUUUUACCUUUGAUAAAAAUGAUGUACAUUAGGAUAAAGCCAUUCAUGUCCACCUGGCUAGUAUAGCUGUGGAAUAGUAUUGUUUAGGCAAAUUCUUGUAACAUUACUAGAAAAAUAAAAAUGUAUUCAAAAAAAUUAUAAUUGCAUUUUCAUCAUAAAGGCCAGAAUGAGGGGGAAUACAUAAUUUAUAUUGCAAGUGUAUUUAUAAGAUUACUGAUGGACAACCAAGAAAUAAAUAUGCAUUGAAUGUAUUGUGAAUUUAGUCACACUAAAUACAUGUAAUGUGCAUUUUUUAAUAAAACAUUCCCUUUUCAUAAA